CAGACUAUUCAGUAUCCGUUGACGUUCUUCUCUUCUGUAAUCUCUUCUCGUCAUCAAGUUUUUGUCCGUUAUUUUUCACGCUAACUGCACAAGUUCGAUGUUUGUGUCUUUCUUUGUGACAAAUCUUCACUCAAAACUGUUUCUAGGAAUUGUUUUUCUCAUAUUAUCAAAAGAAAAAGUCGAUAUGUCAUGUGAUUCGUCUUUUCGUCGUUGGUUCAGUGAACAUUUUAAAAUAUUCUUAUGUAAAACAUAGAUGUGAAUGAAAUUUUAAUAGAAAGAAACGUUUAUUUACGCAAUACUCCAGUCUAUUUACUCAUAUUUCAAAAGCUCCAGUGAACACAAGAACUGUGUGGCCAAAUAGGUUGUAAACAGAAUAUAUCCAAGAACUUUUUUUUUUAUUUUUCAGUAGAGGCUUCUCUUAAAAGCCUACACCAUCUAGAAACAAGCCAUCAACUUUAUACACCUACACUUGUACAUUUAUCCCCCACACAAAAAAAAUAACUGUGCUUAAAGCCUGCAGGAUGUAUACACAAUCUGGCAGAAGAUCUAUUGAAACAGACAUAGAUUACAGAGAAAAUAUUUUCUUUGAUCACUCUCGGAGUAAGAGCUUCAAUAUAAGCAGGACUUUCACGCAGACCUUCAAUACAGGCUUUCGGCCAUGGGACUUCAGUUCUCCAUCAGAUUUCAUUGAAGGAAAAUCUUCUGAUCAGAUUUUCAAUAGUAAAUCUUCUAAUCAAAGUAGAAGUGUAGAACUAUGGCAACACGUAGCUAAAUAUUAUGAGAAGCUCAAAUAUCAUGAUUAUUCUACCAAGUAUCCAAGCAGUGCCUUCGCUCAUUUCAGUAUUUUGGAAGUUGAUCCCAAUGGCAAGUUUAUACGACUGUAUAAUUCUGAAGAAAAGGAAAUGGAAAUUGGUAAACACAUUAUUCAACAGAACCUCAAGGGUGAACCUAUUGUCAUUUUUAGGUUCCCUUCACAAGCAAAAUUUCCUCGAAACUCUAUAAUGACUGUAUGGGCAUCCUCAACACACACAGACAUCUAUAACCAGUCACCUUUGGAUUACCUGUUUAAAGAGCAACCUAGCUGGGCCACUGAAUCAGAUGUCACCACCAUCUUAUGCAAUCCUAAGGGUCAGGCUAUUGCAUGGACAAAUCCUUUUAUGAAACCAUCUAAGAUGACAUUAAAAAAGAAUUUAAACGAAACUAUGCCAGUUAUUGUGGAAGACCAGCCUUUUGAGCCAGAAGUGGACAAAGUUGUGAGCAAAAAAUCAACGAAAGUUACAUCAAAUAAAAGAGCUAGACCGAAAGUUAAAUGGAAUGUCAACCAUGUUAAACAUCCCUAUGGUUUGCCAUCUGGCCAUGAUUGCCAUCCAUGUUCAGAACUGAAGAUAGUAAAAGAGACGCCUAUUUCUACGGUCAAAAAUCGAAAUGCUUCAGUAUUCUCACUUAUUUCGAAAUGUCGUAUCAAGAACUCAGCAAUGAUUGCUCGAGCAAGUUGCAAUUCUGUAUCACAAAAUUUUGACUGUUCAAAAAUACCUGAUAAGUUCCUAAAAUAUGAAUUUUAAUCCACUUCUUCCAAGACCUUCCUGAACUCUUUGGCUCACCUUUGUUAGUAUCACAUAAUAACAAAAGUGAAAAUUGACAUUAAAAAAAAAAACAACAAAAAAAAAGAAACACUACAAAAUCCAAGGAAAUUGUUGCUUCUCUUCUAUGUUUUUUAAAUAAAUCAGUAUAUUGAA